GACUGCCAAGGGGGCCUCUAGGGACCAUCAUCGUCCCCCAGGACAAAGCCUGUGAUCCAGGUAUCUCCCUCAGACAGAUUUUUAAAUUUCCCAGAAUUAACUUUUCUGUGAAACUCUCCUAGGCCACUCCCCCUGAUGCAAUAUCUGGGUUUGGGCAGAAAGGAGGGUGCUGCACAGCCCGCCUCUUCUGAGCUGUCUGGGCUGGCUCCUCUUUCCAGAACAAUUUAGGCUUUACAGCGACUCAGACCUCAGCCCCAACAUCUGUGUGCCGAAGCAAGGAUGGCUGAGAUGAACAGAGUGCUACAUUUUGGAAGGUAACCACGUUCCAGGUCAAGCUGAGUCUGCCACAGAUCCUCACGAUGUUUCUAGAAGAAAUCGCAGCAAGUCUUAUGUGGUUUUCCUACGCCUUGAUUCCUUGCUUGCUCACAGAUGGAGUGGCUGUUCUGCCUGCCCCACAGAACAUCUCAGUGCAGUCAACCAACAUGAAGCACAUCUUGACCUGGAGCCCAGUGAUGGUGCCUGAAGAAAUAGUAUACUAUUCUGUCGAGUACCAGGGAGAGUAUGAGAGCCUAUACAUGAGCCACAUCUGGAUCCCCAGCAGCUGGUGCUCACCCACCACAGGUCUUGAGUGUGACAUCACUGAUGACAUCACUGCCACUGUGCCAUACAACCUCCGGGUCAGGGCCACCCUGGGCUCACAGACCUCGGCCUGGAGCACCCUGAAGCACCCCUUUAAUCGAAAUUCAACCACUCUCAUCCCACCUGGAAUGGAGGUCACCAAGGAUGGCUUCCACCUGGUUAUUAAGCUGGAAGACCUGGGGCCCCAGUUUGAGUUCUUCGUGGCCUACUGGAGGAGGGAGCCUGGUACCAAGGAACACGUCAAGGUGGUGAGGCCUGGGGGUAUUCCAAUGCACCUGGAAACCAUGGAGCCAGGGGCCACAUACUGCGUGAAAGCCCGGACAUUUGUGAAGGCCAUCGGGCGGUACAGUGCCUUCAGCCAGGCAGAGUGUGUCAAGGUGCAAGGAGAGAGCCUGCCCCUGGCACUGGCCCUGUUUGCAUUCGUGGGCUUCAUGCUCGUCCUCGUGGUUGUGCCGUUCUCCAUCUGGAAAAUGGGCCGGCUGCUCCGGCGCUCCUGUUGCCCUGUGGUGGUGCUCCCUGACACCUUGCCAGCAAGACUGUCACUGUUCAUGGCACCAAGAGAGACCUGCUUUCAGACACAGAAAUGCAAAAAAUGGGAAAUUCACCCAGAGACAUUCCCUUCUUCCAAGUGUCAACUUUUGGUGGCUCUCCAGUGACUUAUGGAAGUCAGUUUUAUAUUUUGAUUUGUUUUUGAAAUUGUUAUCUGUGAAACGAUUGGUGCUCCUCUUGCCAUAAGUGGAAGCAGAGCCCUGCAAUAAAAGAAGAAACCCUGAGUGAACCCCAAAUGAUGAUGUUGGGAGGGGUGCAUCCCUGGUUCAGCUGGUCCCCAGCUCUUCUUUCCCACAGAUGGUGAAAUGUCCAGCCUCCUCAGCUGGACUCCAGUAGUGACCCUUUGUGGUUUUCCUCUCAACUCUGACCCCUUGCUUACCCUCUACUCCAAGGCUAUUCCAUUCCUAACACCUUCCCUCAUUUUCCCUCUUUUGGUCCUGAAUUCAGUGACCCAGCAGAGUUGCCUCCCAGAACCCAGUGCGUUGUUAGGGAGCCACAGAGUGAGGGGCCAGGGAAAUAACCAUAUAAAGGGUCCAUUUCCGAUAGAAUUUCAGGUGCACAAGAAAAGCCUUCAAAUGGCAAGAGCUCCUGGGAAUCCUAAUGCAUGAUGAGCCACACCCUAAAAAUAAUUUUUAGAGGAAAUCAAGCAACUGAGUGAGACCAGAGACAAGGAGAUUCUAUGAGAGACCCCUUUGGUUGAUGGAAGAUAUGCCACGACCCUUGGUCACAUUUUACUUCUCUGUUCUCCUUACCAUCCUUUCUACAUCACUCCAGUGUCUGUUCCACAUGCAUUCCUUUCCAUAAGGCUUUUAAUUCCUUUUCUUUUUCUCCCCAGACUUCAAUGCAUACGCAUUUCCCAUGGUGCUAUGUGAGAACUAGAUCACUAGUGUCCAUCAAACCCCCAAAAGAUUUUGGACCUGCACCUCACCACCAUCCCCCCACUCUCAGCCUUGACUUUAGUAUAGCCUAGCUGCACUUCAGCAUUUGCAUUAGUUACAGAUAAUCCUCCAAACUAUUAAAAAGCAACUCCCAGCCAACCCUGCAAAAUCCACACAUCUUUCCAAUUAAACCAUGGAAAAUUACCAAGUGGAAAUCCUUGACAAGGUCUCAAAAAGUCCUAUUGAGUUUGUAAGUGUUUCAUUUAUCUGUUUGGAUUAAACAUUUCAUGUCUACAUCUAUAAUUUUACAGUUGGUGAUGGCUGCACUAUGAAAUAUACUAUUAAGAAUGUCUUUCCAUUCAAGUUUUUAUCACCAAAGUAACAGUCUAAAGCAAAAAAUAUAUAUCCAAGGAAAAUGAUAUUAAGACUUCUCAGUGUGUAUUUCCCAUUUUAAAAUAUAAUGUCUUCUCCUUGUCUCUCAUCCAUAAUUGCUUCAUGGGGAUGGAGGCUUUGGUCUUAAAGGGUCUUCCUUUCCUUUAUGUGGCACACUUUAUUCUUUUUCUCCCUGAUGUCACAUUCCACUGCAACGUGGACAGCGAGAAUAAAGAUGGCCUCAAGUUAGGCAUUCUUCAAUGGACCAUCCCAAGUCUGACUUUAUGUGCUUCAUAGAAUGUGGAGCUCAGAUGCCUCUGGGGCCCAGACAGGUGGAAAAUAAAAAAAAAAAAAAAGAGUAUACAGUGCCAUAAAUGUGAUUUAACAGGGAGAGAUAGAUAUGAGGACCAUGGCAAACAUGUGUCAACUAAAGAAAGCAGCUGCUUCUCAGUUCAACAAGGUUGCUGCCAAGCGGGACUAUGAGCCAGCACUCCCUGGGCUCUGCAUGGAAAUGAGAAACCAAAAAUCCAGAUUUUGUAAUAAAUCUCCAGAUAUAAAUGUU